UCGUUUCAACCCCCGGGUCCGUCGAAGCCGCAGAUUUCGAACAAGAAGCGAUGUUCCAAACAAGGGUUGAAAGUCGAUGUUGUGUGUGUGGAAGUGGAUGUUUCGGGCUUUGAAACGAAACCGUUCAGCCAACAGCCAACUUCGACAAAUCCCCAAGUAGUGGCCGUGUUGAGUCAAAGGAGUUGUUCAGUCAAGGAACGGAAUUUGAGGCAGGGGCAGGUUCGAACAACAUUUCUCAAAUGCUGUCAGGACUUGCAGAUUACUGGACAAUGGCUAGUCACACUUUUGAGGGGGAAGACGUUUUUUUUUGGCUUACAUCCACUACACACACACAUGUUUUCCACCAGAGUUGAAAGGUAUUCGUGGCCUAAUUCUUGCAAUUGGGGUGCGCCCUUUUCCGAUGUGAUUUUGUCAAACCCAUUGCCGCGAACGGCUGUAGAAUAAAUGUUGCGCCUAUGCUCUGGAGCCAGGGCUUUCAUAGCUUUGGUCCCCUCAGUCUUUUAGAGCAUGUGACUGCUUUGGUCUAUGUUCCUUCUUCCAGACAUUUUUUUUGUUCAAGCAUUUGGCCCCACACACCAGCCGUUACUCUAGACAGGGAUGCGGUAGGUAGGGAUAGACGGUGGACAUGUAACUCGCCCAGGCUGGGUGCUUGGCUUGCCCACGCUCGGUGGGUCGAAAGGCGAUGGAGGCCGGCGUUUCGUUUCCAAACGGCCAAGGCCAAAGGGCCAAACUCAGAACCACUCGUUUGUGCAGGUUCUGUCCAUCAACGGUUCUGUUCUCAAAGUGAGUUUCUCGAGUGCUUGGGCUGCUCGGCCGAUGCUUUUGGCCUCUGAGGUCUCCAGUGCCGAUGCCCUCCAAGCCCGCAUCCGCGCACUGUGCGCCAGCGGCCGAGCGGAGCUCGUGCAGGAGGUGCCUCCAGAUGCCUGGCGUUGCAAGACCCUGGUGGUGAGCACCCAAGCGCUGGAAGGAGCGGAGAAGGACGCAGGGGCACAGACGGCGGUCCUGGUGGUGUUGCGCUUGGAGCAGCGGCUGAGCCUGCCGAAGCUCAAGCAGUUGCUCAAGCCGCAGAGGCUGAAGAUCUUGGGCUUGGCCUCGCCACGCGAGGCGGAGGACGUGAUCGGCUGCAGUAUGGGCCUGGUGCCUCCGGUCUGCAUCGAGCCGGCGCGCCGCGUGAUUUUGGACACGCACCUCUUCCAGGCAGGCACCAGUCCCGCAGCGGGUCCGCGCCUCGUGCUGGGCGCGGCGGACGAGGAGAUGCACUUGGCCAUGUCGCCACGGGAGCUGCUCCUGGAGACCGAGGCCUGCAUCGCUGAGAUCUCGGACAGUGGGCCAGACACGGCUUUACCCGAGUUCCCCCUCCGAGCGGGGCGAGGCAACGUCGUGCACGUGGUGGCCCUGGUGGCCGCAGUGCGCCGCCUCUCUCGGCAGCUGCUCUUCGCCGAUCUGCUGCCCGCGGGUUCGCCCAAGGACGGCGAGCGGAGCGUGUGGCUCUCGCCCGACGGCUCCGGGAAGCUGGUCCGGCUCCAGUUGCUGCUGGGCCGCUCCUUGGCCGAACGCCUCGGCGGCGACGGCCUGAGCGCGGUGGUGAAGCGCCUCCGCCCCAUGCAGCUGGUCUAUGUGGCCGGACGCUUGCAGUUAGAGGAGCCGGGGGAGCAGUGUGGCAAGGCCACUCCUGCAGCGCCCACGGAGGUGCGGAAGAUCCGCGAGGCACAGCUGAGCAAUGGCAUUGUGGACAUGGCAGAGCAGAUUCGUAUUUUGGAGGAGGUCCAUUUGCCUUCUGAGCUAUCGGGCUCGGCACGACAGGUUGGCGUCAAGAAGGAGCUCCCACCGACUGCGCACGCACCGGACAGCGGACUGCCCACGCUGCCACUGGCGCUGCCACAGCGGGCAGUGCACGUGGUGACCGACCUGCAGGGCGUGGAGUUGCUGGAGAACGUGCUGCGUGAGAGGCUCUCAGGCUCAGGGGAUGUGGACCCGCACGACGGUAUGGCAUCCAAAGAGUCCACGGUCUUCACGCCCUUGCUGCCAGUGAUGGGAGUGGAUGCGGAGUGGCAGCCGCGCACCUCCCACGGCCUUGCGCUCUUCCAGAUGGCCUUCCGACGAUCGGUGUUCUUGCUGGACAUGGUGGCGUUGACCCGCCAGGAUCCACUCCGAGGACGCGUGGCAGAACUGAUCAAGGAGGCUCUUGAGGCAGAGCACUUGUACAAGGUGGGCUUCAACUUGGAGGUGGACCUGCAACGGCUCCACGCCGUACUGCCAGAGACCUCGUGCGCUGUGAACCUCAUUGACUUGAGGGACUUGCACGCGGUGGCCCUGCCGAACGCGCCUUCCAAGCCGCUGAGCUUGACGGGCAUGGUCAAGGAGGUCUUUGGGCUGCCUUUGGACAAGACCUGCCAGGUCUCUGACUGGCAAAAGCGUCCAUUGACUCCAGAGCAGCUGGACUAUGCCGCGCAGGAUGCGCAUGUGUGCGUGCGCCUCUUUGAUUCGCUUUGCUAUAACCAUGCGACGGUCGCCACGCAAGUCCUGCAGCCGGUGCUGAGAGGCAUGGUGAGGACAUGGCCGCGAGAAAAAGAGCCGGCCAUCGUGCGGACGGCGGACAGAAGGGCCACCGAGUGGGACUCGGUGCAGCAGGGGGCCCAGCUCCAACUCGUGCCCAAGGAGGGGAAAGGUGCAGGUCGACCGACUGCGCAGCGACGUGACUUUGCUUUCCAAGAAGUGGCUCAGCGUCACGUGGGCCACUGGCGAUUCCUGGCCAAAGCGGAGGGCGACUUCAGGUCCCAGGCUUUGGCCUCCGAGCUUCGUCGAUGGGGGGACCCGGAUCCACGCAUUUGGAUUUCUGGCGACCACACGCGUUUGGAUGCCAAUCGCUUCUUCGCACUUGACGCGCGCCCGGCGGAAGGCACCCUUCUAUUCCAGCUGGGCCCGGCGGAAGGCACUCUCCUACCACAGGAGAAAAGCGCUGGCUCCAAUGUGAACUACGGGGUCCCGAUGGUGAGGCAGCUAGGGAAGAAUUACGCGCCAGGGCACAUCGCGACACGGCAGGCGGCGGGUGCUGCCCGUGUGCGCUUCAGUGAGAAGUCUGAGAGCAUGAUGCCCGCUGCGGCUGCACUCGCGUCGUGGUUUUGGGGCACGUACGCCUUCAGCAGCGAGGAUGUCUUUGGCGACGCCACGGCCGCCUAUCGGGUCCUGACACCACGGGAGGAACUGCCGACUCAACGGCAGAUUGAGUGUUUGCGCUGGGUUGUUACGGAGAGAGGUGGUCUUGACUUUCUUGUUGUCGACGCGAUGUCCCUCAUGGUGCCUUCGUACCGGUUGCCAGAGCAGCUGCGCUUGGCUCGUGUGCAGCUUUGCGUGGGGCUGUUCCUGUUCAGCCCUGCAGCAGUGCAACCGCACGAGGCAGCAGAGCGGGGCCGCGGCAGACCUCGUAAGGGCACAGCUGUGGUUGUGCAGGGCACAGGCAAAAGUGGCCAGUGUCGUCAGGUGGCUGUGCUCGAUGACCUGAAGGCAGUUCGCAAGCAAGUGGAAGCUGAGAUGACACACUAUGAGCGCCUGAAUUUCACAGGAGAAGGCCCUUUGUCCUGGUGGCGCGGGCAUCAGGGACAGAUGCCAGAGCUCGCCCAGUUUGCGCAAGCAGCUCUUGGGGUGCCUGGCUCCAGCGCAGCUUUGGAACGGCUUUUCUCCAAAGCCGGCUUGUUCAUCACCAGGCGCCGUCCGCGCCUGAAGCCAGGCACCGUGGGCGUUCCAAGCUCUCUCCAAACCUGGCUUCAUGGCCAGCAGCGCCUGGAACCCCAUGCGCCGAUCCCCUUGGCUUCAGACGGCGAGGGCGACCCGGAGCGAGUGGAACUGCAGCUGUUGAAGCGACGCUGGGCCAUCACGGUGACCACUGAAGUGCAGAGUUUGGAGAUUUCCACCCAUCCGCUCUGUCGCCUUCUGGACUUCACCGUGCAGGUGGCUGAGGCGCUGCAGUUGCCCGACGCGGUCAGGCCAGUGUUGAGCUUUCAAGGACAAAGACUUCCAUGUGACGAUACAUCACUGAGGGACAUGGAUUUGGAAGCCGGAUCGUGCGUACGAGUCACGAGCACUGAGAAGUUACCGCUGGUUGCCCUAGGGACUGGCCCGGAAACCUCGCAGCGCUCAGACUUCUUGGAGUCCAGUGCCUCCGUGGGGUUGCUGGAUGAGUGCCAGGACGGGCAGCUGCUUUUGUAUCCCGGGGACUUCUCAAUGAUAGGCAGUGCUCAGACAAUUUUCCCAGGAAAAGCCAGGAAAAGCUCUUCUGUGAUGGUGCUGCCAGAAGUUUUGAACAGCCAAGAAUGUCGGGACAUCAUGGCAAGGUGUCGUUUAGCUACACCAACCGCAGGGCCCUUUAUCUCAUCAGCUUUGUCCAAUUGCAGGCCUUUGGGCUUCGGUUGUGCACAAGGAGAUUGGGAAUUGGCUGGAUUCAACUGCUGUUUCCGGGUGACCUCAUACGGCUCAGGUGGUUUCCUGAAAGCACACCGAGACGCACCCUACACACCCAAUGCACAUCAGCGCUCCCUUUGUACAUUGCUGAUCCCUUUGUGCAGCAUCGGCAAGACACGCUUCUACGAUCCCAAAGAAGACAUCGACACACGGGGAAUGAGCCUCCAAGAGGAGCUGGACGCACGAGGAGGUCUUCUUUCCGGCUUCUCCUUUGAAGACGUUGACCUUUGCAGCGGACAUGCCUUGAUCUUUGGCCACGAGGUGCUCCACGAGGGCCUGUCGCCCGAAUCCAGUGACACGAAGGUCAUGCUCCGUACCGACGUCAUGGUCUCCCGAAAGCCUCCGCCGGAGGGUCUCCAGUGGACCCCGGUGGAGCGCAGCGACCAGGCCGCGGCGCUGCGCCACUUCCGCGCGGCGCUCCGCGCGGAGCUCGAGAAGCGAGACAGUACGGAGCUCUACGAGCGCGCGCAAUCCUAUCGCUUCCACCACCCGGACACCGAGCCGCUCGCGAGCGGCUCAGUGGGAGUCCAAUCCGGCGAGCAGUCGCGGGGUAUAGGUGAGGCCAACGGGGAGAGAGGUGCUUUUGUGGAAGCUCUGGCCAACCAAAUGCUGGAAGCAUGCGGUGCUGACUUUAUCAUGCCAGAGAUAGCAUAUCUCCAGGGUCCAGUGGCUGCUUUUCGACUGAAGCCAUCUGACUCCUUGGGCACAAGCUCCGGAAGUCCUGCUGCAAGCCCCACUGGAACCGUUGGACACCUAAGAGUGGCAGCCCUCUAUGCAUUGCACCUCCUGGGGCACCAUGCCUAUGAACCCUCUGAAAGACAAGCGCUUUACACGGCGAACUUCGAUCCCAAGACGCAAACGGUGACGGCCGUCCCGCUUCGAAAGCUUCUGGAAGAUGUGUUUCACUCCAGAUCCUGCCACGGAGCAGUCUAUAACGUUCUUGCUGCAAACAGUACAAGCUCAGAAGACUUCGAGAAGGCUGUGGACAGGACCCAUAUGGCACUCAAUCAUGCAGCACCAUCAGUGGGCAUUGAUGUGUUAGCCAGUCUCAAGAGUGAGGCGUACGCGAAGUCCUUCCGCGGCGAUUUGAGAGAAAAAGCGAGGCCAGCUUACACCUUGCCAGACUUUACCAAGCAGGUCCAAGCCUCGUACAUUGCGAGAGCAGACUCGCCUCAGAAGCUAGCUCGAACAGAGAGCCAGCCAAUGGCUUAUUUGCAGCAAUUGCUGGGGGAGAAAUCGCAUUUGCCUGGCCUGGACAUUGUCGCAGUUGCCAGUGGCGAUGAUUUUCAUUUGUGUGAGGAUUGGCGGGUUUCUUGCUACUGUGGCGGCUGCGACAAAGAGGAGCCCGAGCCUCAAGUGGAGGUGGUAUCUCGUCCAAUGAACCAUUUGGUGUUCGACUUCAAUUCGCACCAAAUCCAAGUGCAAGAAUGGAAGGAAGCACAGGAAACGCACGGCUUCUUUGAUCCUUGCCUUCUUUGGACAGAACUUGCUUGGUGCCUUCAAUCCGUUCACCCGAGCAACCCAUUGGCAGCACCAUGGUCCAUCACCUUUCACGUGACGGACGGGACGAUGACACUCACCAGACAGGGUAGCAUGGUGGCUGUCUUCCUUGAGAAGUCCUUGCUCAAGAGUGUUUCACUCUCAGAGAUGAGAUUUGAUGACCAAGGCUUUUUGCAAUGGCCACUCAUGCCAGAUGCACUGGGGAGCCGAGUGAAAGUUCCCCCGGAAUCUCAAGACGCUUUGCGGCGCUUCUUGAACUCUUCAUACGAUUGCAGCAAGCUGGCGGAGCAGGUCUCUUGCGAGGAGGCCAUCAGCCUCUCUAACAAGGCAGCCAGGCUCUUGGAGAGGGGCCUGGCCAGCUGGGAGCCGCAGGGGUACAUUUACAUGAAGAAGCGCAAGGACUUUGGCCGAUACUGUAAUUUCGAUACAGUGGAGGUGGCCUCCUGGGAAUUUGGGAUGAUGCGAGUCUUUCACAACAUCCCGGAGUUUUCUGAGCACUCGGUGAACACGGCCAGGGUGAAGACCCACGCGCGGGUGAUGACCCAUGUGGAGGGUGGAUGGCCAAAGGAGAUCGACUACAGUGAAGCGCAGGAUACGCUCAAGUACCGCAAGCGCCUGGAGAAGGAGCGGAGUUCGCCGUUGCUUCCCGAUUCCACUCGGAGCACCGCUGGCCGGGAUCCGGCCUACAUUAGUGCGGUGAGGCAACUGACGAAGCAGACCAUUCCGUGCUUGGAGAUGAACAACACCAUCGAUCUCUUUGAGAUUUAUUUCCAAGAUGAGGAGCCUGACCACAUGCCGGAGAUUCUCAACUUGAAGACCAUCGCCCUUUUCAAGGACCCCUCCGAUGAAGCUCGGAGUGUGACCAAGAUCGGGUGGCACCCGGAGGGGCCAACCAAGCUGGUCGGGUCCUACUCGAAUCUCCGAUUCCAGCGGAUGUCGGAAGACAUGCCGAUGGCCUCCUUCAUUUGGGACAUUAGCGAGCGAAACGUGCCGCUGAUGGAGUUGCGAGCCACCUCCCCACUGAUCUGCUGCCAGUACAAUCAGAAGAAUCCCGAUUGGCUGCUUGGAGGAAGCUACAGUGGCUUGAUCAACCACUACGAUCUCCGGAAAGGCCCGUCCCCGUGCAUGAAGUCCUCUGUCGAAGUGGGCCACUACGAUCCAGUCUACGAUGUGGUCUGGCUGCAGAGCAAGACUGGCACCGAGUGCGCCUCCGUCUCCUCGGACGGCCGCUUGCUCUUCUGGGACGUCCGGAAGCUCAACGAGGUGUCAGAUGAGUGUGUGCUGACCGAUGGCAACAAAGAGAGCCCCAAGACCUUAGGUGGAGUGUCUUUGGAGUGGAUGCAAGAAGCCGGUCCUACCAAGUUCCUGGUGGGCUCCGAGCAUGGUAUCAUUCUCUCCUGCACCAAGCGCCCCAAGAAACAGGUGGAGAUCGGCACCUGGUUCGGCUCCGAAGACCGGGGCGGCUACGGGAAGCACUUCGGCCCCGUGUACUCCGUGAAGCGAAACCCCUUCCACGUGAAGUUCUUCCUCUCCGUGGGCGAUUGGUGCGGGAAGAUGUGGAUGGAGGAGCUCAAAGGUCCGAUGCUUCAGACGCCCUACUACCCUGCCUUCAUCAGCGCGGCAGCAUGGAGUCCGACGCGUGCGGGCGUCUUCUUCUUGGCCCGGCAGGAUGGGCGUUUGGAUGUGUGGGACUACUUCUACCGCAUGAACGAGGUGGCGCUCACACAGCAGGUCUCGGACCGGGCGUUGACCUCCUUGAAUGUUCAGUCUCACGGCCGUUUGGCUGCUGUUGGAGAUGCAGGAGGCGUCAUCACCCUGCUGCAGCUUUGCGAUGGCUUAGUAGAGCCAGGGCCCAAUGAGAAAAACGCGAUUGGCUGGAUGUUCGACCGGGAGACCAAGAGAGAGAAGGCCUUGGAUCAGAUCAAGAAGCAAGGUGGAGGACCCAAGAAGGAUGACAAGGAGGGGGCCACUGGAACCAGCAUUGACAAGACCAAGUACCAAGAGCGUGAGAAGGCCUUCUUCACCGAGCCACUUGGAGGAAGUUGA